AACUCUUAAAAUCUCCCGAUUUAAGGAUGCAAGAUUUAAAUAUUGCAUACAACUCGGUGUUGCUUAUAUUAAGGAUUAUUAGGCAUACGCCAUAUAAUCAAAAAAGUUACGAUGACCCCGUCGAAGUUGACGCGGUAAAAUCGAAAUCUUUAUUUCUAAUAAUUGGAUCUCAUGAUGAUCCAGAAAUAUUACUUAAAACUCGUGAAGCUUACGAAUCCAUUGAGCAAUACGUUCACAAGCUUCAAUAUGAACACAACGAAAACGAUGAUGUUAUUUAUGACCACAAUGUGUGUUCUUCCGUUGCCGAAGUUAUUCAAUCGCUCAAACGACAUUUGGAAUCAUACGCCCGCGAAGUAGAUCAGAUAAGCAAAGUUGCAAGCCGAGACGAUCUUAGGCAAGAACUUGUAAAAAUACUCAGUAAUAGGGAAUAUAAUGUUAACCAAGGUUAUGUCGAAUCGAGAAACGAUUAUCCCGAGAUUCCUUUCUAUGAUGUUGUUGAUGACCCUGCAGGAAAAGAAGAUGACGGCGGAUUAUUUAGUGAACCUAAUGUUGACGUCGAUUUAGAAAUAUUUGCCAAAGAGAUGCUUCCUAAUUUCCAAUUCCAUAAAAGGGAAAGAAUGUCUGGGGACGGUUCACCGAAGGGUAGGAAAUUACUAAAAGCGCGCACUCUUAGCAAACUUGGGGGUAUCGCCUAUGAAAGUAACGCCCGAAGGAACUUGGGCGGCGGGAAAACGUAUCAAAAGAAUGAAUUUCGCAGUAUCCACAAUAAUCGUAAGGCAAAUACCAGUCGCCCACCAUCAGUCCACGUGGACGAUUUUAUGUCCGGAAAAAUUCCCGCCAACCAGCAACAUCCGGAUAUGUUAAAUAAUUCUUCGGUGGUUACAACUAAUUCGCGCGGGGGGAUAACAACAUCUACUAAUACCCAAAUAGCCACAAGUAACCGCGGCGGACGUGGCCGACGUUCCAGCACAAGUUCGGUUGCAACAUCACGCGGUGCAUCACGUGGAGGUAGUAGUAGUGGCCGAGGGACAGGUGGGAUCGGAAGAGGCGGAAGCACCAAUACAAAUCUUAUCGGUGCAUGGGAGAUGGGAAACAAUACCCCAUGGACCGGCGGUCCUCCGUCACUUCCUGUCCUCAUACCUCCACCGUUACAUAAAUACAUUGAAUUUGAUAGACAGCGGGAUUAUAAUAGAUACGAUGGUCAGACGAUACGAACCGGAUAUUAUGAUAAUCAAUAUUAUGGUGUGCCUUCACAAAUAACACCAUAUGACCGUCCCCCGCUACAACAAUCUCCACCUGGUAUAGCACCUCGAAUUAAGAAUCCGGGUGAUAAUAGAGGACGAACUGUUCCGCAAGAGUGGCCGCGCUCCAUGGUCUCUCAGCCUGUACGAAGGCCAGAACGUUCAUUUG